AUCUAUAAAUAAGUUUUCUUGUCACAAACCCUAGAUCAAAUAGAGAGGGAAGGUCAAGGGAAAGGGGGGAAGGGAAAAGAGGAAGGAAAAGAAGGGGAUUGUGAUUUGUGUUGUUAUUCUUGUCAUGGCCAAGUUGGGAAAAGAGGACAAUGGUUGUAGAUGACUGCGCUAGUAAAGAUUUAUCCAGAAUUGCAAUGCUUUUGUGUUUUUUUAUAUCAACAAACAAAGUGUUAGCAGGCUUAUGAUGUCAGAAGCUUCAGUUCCUCAUGCUGAACAUAAGGAACCUGGACCUAAUUACUUUGGUUACCAUAUGCGGGAAAUAGUUGGGUUUUUAUCUCAAAAUGAGGAAUUUCUUUCACCAUUCUCCUCUCAAACUCAUGACUUAUCUGCGAUGUGUGCAAAGCCCAAAGCUGAGGGCAUACGUGAUGACUGUGGUAUAGAAUCAAAGAAAAUUGCUACUUCCAGUUCUUUAUUUGCUGAUGGCAUAGGAGCUGGAUUACCAGACUUUAAGAGAGAAAGAUUAAAGGCAUCUCUCAAGGAAAGUGUGCUAUUACUGAAUCAAGAAGUUGAUGAGAUGGUAGCUCCUGUUAUGGCUAUGUGCAAAAUAAAAACACAUCUAAGGGAAAAAGACGGUUUACCAAGCAGUUCAAGUGUAUCCAGUGCGGAAUUGAGCCAACCUUCAUGUAAGAAGCAGAAGAAAUCCUCUUCCCCUUCAUUGAUUGGUAGCAAAAUGCCUGCGGAGACAGCAGGUUGUGAAGGGAAUAAGGCACACACAUGUGCAUGCAUCAUGCAGAGAAGACGCUCGGUGUGCUUAGCUAACCUGGAACUCAUAAAAAUUCUUCUUAGUGAGGUGGAUGACGAUCUGCGGGUUAUUCUAGAAUUUGGUGGAUUGGAGGUUGAGGAAACUAUUAAGAAAUAUUCUGAUGAAUUAUUUGCAAAGCUAGGGCACAUGGAGCAGCAGCUUGAAGAACUUCUAGAUAUUGUGAUGUCAAAGAGCAGGUCAAUGACCAUUACUGAGAAGCAAAAGCUUCGCAAGCUUAUUCAGGAGCUCCCGUCAAAAAACCUAGACCGCAUUGUAGAAAUUAUCCUGCGCAAGAGGCCACCAGAUUGUCAACCUUGCGAUGAGGUCUAUAUUGAUUUGGAGACUGAGGAUAAUGUGACACUUUGGAGGUUGUAUUACUAUGUUGAGGCAGUUGCAAGUGCAAAAAAGCUCGCAUCGUGGUUUUGUCAGACUAAAGAAAGCCCUUGUCAUGUGGAAGGGAUAACAGCACCAAUUCUGAAGCCUCACGAAUGCUUACCAUGAUGGAUCGAAGGCCCCAGACGAUCCUCGAAGAAUCCUUAGAAUGAGAAUGGCCUUUAUACAAAAGAAUAGUUGGAUUAAGGAAAUGUUGUAUAUAGAGUUGAGGAUGUUUUUUGAUGUUGAAUUAGGUCCCUUUCUCCUUUGGGGGGGGGGGGGUUCUAAAAGGGUUAUUUCAUGUUGCGUAAUUUUGGGGCAUUGUUAGAUAAGGUUUCUGUGUUUUUGUGUUUAGAACUUAGAUAUUAAAUUCUCCGAAUUAUUCGCAUAUAAUUCUGAGAAACAGAAUUUUACGAAUAAUUCUGUCUAAUAUCAAAUAAAAAAUUCUUGAAUUUUA